AUGGCUGCCGCCGUGCGAGAUACCGUCUCCAACCUAAUUGGCAAGAUAUCGGGCAUGGGAGUCCAGGACACCCCGCUCCGCCAGCCAUCAGCUGAAGAGGUCGCAGAGCUCAAGAAGAAGUACGAACAGGCAAACCAAGGACAGGUCUUUGCUCGCUUCGACACUCUGAGCUCCAACGAUCAGGCCCAGCUCUUCCACCAGCUCUCUACCUUCGACCCCGAACACAUCAACAAGCUCGUCAAGCGUGCCAAUGCUGAUGCCGCCGCUGCGUUGAAGACCGACACCCCCAAGUCCCUUGAGCCCCUUCCAGAGAACGCUACUGCGUCGAUACUCGACUCUAACCCAGAUGACCUGAGGAGAUGGUACGAUGAGGGGUUGAAGCUCAUCGCUGAGAACAAGGUUGCCGUCGUGCUCAUGGCUGGUGGCCAGGGUACCAGACUGGGUAGCUCUGACCCCAAGGGAUGCUUCGACAUCGGUCUUCCAAGUAAGAAGUCGUUGUUCCAGAUACAGGCUGAGCGAAUUGCAAAGCUGCAGUCGUUGGCUACGGAUGUGUCUGGCAACAAGAAAGUCGUGGUUCCAUGGUACACCAUGACCAGUGGACCGACCAGACAAGCAACAGAGAAGUUCUUCACAGACAACAACUUCUUCGGCCUCGCCAAGGAGAAUGUGACCAUCUUCAACCAAGGAGUUCUGCCUUGUAUCUCCAAUGACGGCGAGAUCUUGCUUGAGAGUGCUUCAAAGGUUGCCGUUGCCCCCGAUGGAAAUGGAGGCAUCUACCAAGCUCUCAUCACCUCCGGUGUCCGAGAUGACAUGAAGAAGCGCGGAAUCGAGCACAUCCACGCCUACUGUGUAGACAACUGCCUCGUCAAGGUGGCUGAUCCUACCUUCAUCGGCUUUGCUGCCUCCAAGAAAGUCGACAUUGCCACCAAGGUUGUACGAAAGCGUAACGCUACCGAGUCCGUUGGUCUCAUCGUCCUCAAUGGCGGAAAGCCAGGCGUCGUCGAAUACUCUGAGAUUGACCAAGACACCGCCAACGCCGUCGACCCCAAACAAGCUGGCGUCCUCAAGUUCAGAGCCGCCAACAUCGUCAACCACUACUACUCCUUCAGCUUCUUCGAGUCGAUCGAAAGCUGGGCCUCCGACCUACCACACCACAUCGCCCGCAAGAAGAUUCCCUUCUUCGACACCAAGACCGGCGCCACCGUCAAGCCAGAAUCUCCCAACGGGAUCAAGCUUGAACAGUUCGUCUUCGACGUCUUCCCCCUCACCCCACUUGAGAAGUUUGCUGCCAUUGAGGUGAAGCGAGAGGAGGAAUUCUCCCCUCUCAAGAACGCCAGGGGCACCAAGGACGAUAACCCAGACACCAGCAAGCAGGAUAUCAUGCAGCAGGGUCUCCGCUGGAUCGAGGCCGCUGGAGGUAUCGUCAGCAAGGAGGCCGGUGCUGUCGGCGUCGAGGUGUCUCCUUCCAUCAGCUACGGAGGUGAGGGUCUCGAGUUCCUGAAGGGCCGUACCGUCAACGCCCCAGCCCUGAUUGAGAUUGAGGAGAAGAAGGCAUAG